AUGCUUUCGCCCGGCAACAACUUACCCGCCCAGCCUGGAGUCAAGGAGAACACUGAUUGGCCCCAGCCUCCUCCAAUGGGUUGCAGCGAGUGCCCGUGGGACUGGGGAGUGUCACUGAGCGGGGAAGCGCUCGGGGAUCUCUCCGGGGGUCGGGCAGCUGCCUGUCGUGCUCCGCAUUCGCCCUGUGAGAGGAUGAGGAGGGCGCCCGGGCGCUCGCUGGCCACAGGCUGGGUGGCUCUGCUCGCAGCCUGCUGCCUUGCGCGCGGGGCAUCCGCAGGUAAUGGUGCAUUUACCAUUCGCCAUGAAAAAACCAGCAAGUGCCUACAAGUUAAAAACUCACAUAUCAUGGCAGCAGACUGCAAGGAGACAGAUGAAACUUUGUGGAAAUGGGUCUCCCAAAAUCGCCUUUUCCACUUGGGAUCCCAACAGUGCCUUGGAUUAAAUAUAGCCAAACCAGCAUCUCCAUUGAAAAUGGUUAAUUGUGAUUCACAACUUCUGCUAUGGUGGCGAUGUGUUGAUGCUUCCAUAUUUGGUGCAUCCCAGUACAAACUGACUUUAAAAGACAAUGUUGUGACUGCAAGUAUAAAUUCGUCAGACACCUGGAGAAGAAGUAACUCUUCCGAUGAUAUUUGUGAAUACCCUUACCGUGAGAUCUAUACGAGGGAUGGUAACUCCUAUGGAAGGCCCUGUGAGUUCCCCUUCCUAGUUAAUAAGACAUGGUAUCAAGACUGCAUUCGGGAUGAAACACACACAGAUGGUGAAUGGUGUGCCACAACCUCCAAUUACAAUCAGGAUGCCAAAUGGGGAAUCUGCUUAAAACCAGAGGAUGGUUGUCGUGAUACCUGGGAACACGAUCCAGGAUCUGAAAGUUGCUACCAGUUAAACACACAGUCUGCUCUUUCUUGGAAAGAAGCCUAUAUUUCAUGUCAAACACAAGGGGGAGAUUUACUGAGCAUCACAAGUACAACUGAAUUAAGUUAUAUACAAGCUAAAGAUGGCAUUGCAGAGGCGUUUUGGAUUGGCUUAAACCAACUGGACAUUUCUGGAGGCUGGCAGUGGUCAGACCACACACCUUUGAACUUUCUUAACUGGAAUCCAGACAUGCAAAAUGUGUCGCCUUUGGAUGGGUCAAGUUGUGUGGCGAUGAAUGCUGCCUCAGGUCAAUGGCAGAGUUACCACUGUGGGACUCCACUUCCAUAUGUCUGCAAGAAGCCACUUAACAAUACAAAAUCAGAAUUACCAGAUGUUUGGAGGUACUUGGAGACUCAAUGUGAUUCAGGCUGGCUUCCAUACAGUGGUUUGUGUUAUAUGCUGAUGAAUAACCAAGCUUCCUGGAAUAUGGCAAGUCAGUCAUGCAGAGAAAAGAAAAGUGACCUCAUCAGCAUACAUUCUUUAGCAGAUGUUGAGCUGGUUGUUACAAAGCUUCAUAAUGAAACUAAAGAGGAAAUAUGGAUGGGUUUCAUGAAUGAGGAUACUCCAGCUUUCUUUAAGUGGUCAGAUGAAUCCAAAGUGGUUUUCACUUACUGGGAUCAGAAUGAACCAAAAAUUCCUUUUAACAGCACUCCUAACUGUGUGUCCUAUUCAGGAAAGUUGGGUCGGUGGAGAGUCAAAUCUUGUGAAGAGAAACUGAAAUAUGUGUGCAUGAAAAAAGGAGAGGUUUUGAAUGAAACAUCUGAUAAACAUUGUUUCCUGAAAGAGGGAUGGAAGAGACAUGGAGACUUCUGUUACAAGAUUCAUAACAGUAAAGUAUCGUUUGGAGCUCAGUGCAAUCUUACAAUAAUGAACAGGUUUGAGCAAGAAUUUAUAAACAGUUUGAUUGGAAAAUACAGUAAAGGCAAAGAAAAAUAUUUCUGGACAGGCUUGCAAGAUAUCAACCGGUCAGGAAAGUAUACUUGGGGUGAUGCAGAUGGGAGAAAAAAUGAAGCUGUGGUGUAUGCAAACUGGAAUUCCUUACAGCCAGCAUUUCCUGGAGGAUGUGUAGCAAUGUCAAGUGGGAAAUCUCUUGGAAAAUGGGAGGCCAAAGACUGUAAAACCUUUACAGCCUUAUCUAUCUGCAAGAACUAUACUGGGCCUCCCAGGCAGCCAGAAGUACUUCCUAAGCCAACUGACCCUUGUCCUCCUGGAUGGCAAAAUGGAUCAGGCCUUGCCUGCUAUAAGUUCUUUCAUAGUGAAAGAUUGCUGAGAACCAGGACAUGGGAAGAGGCAGAACGAUUCUGUGAAGCACUAGGAGGUCAUCUUCCUAGUUUCAGUGAUACUGCAGAAAUGAAGGAACUCCAUUAUAUACUAAGAGACAUUAUCAGUAAUGACCGAUGGGUCUGGGUGGGACUUAAUAAGAGGAAUCCAGAUUCUCUAGGAACCUGGCAGUGGAGUGAUAACAAUCCGGAAACUACUGUUGUUAUGUCACACGAUUUCCAAAGAGAUAUCUAUGACAUUAGAGACUGUGCUGCUUUAAAGACCACUCGAAUAUCACGGAGGUAUUUUUGGAGACUUCAUUUCCAUGACGACAGACAAUUGGAUUUUUACUUAAAACCUUUCGAGUGUGAUGCUAGACUUGAAUGGGUUUGCCAGAUAACAAAAGGUAGUACCCCAAAGACACCAGAGUGGUAUACACCAGAUGUAGAUGGAAUUCAUGGACCACCACUUGUUAUUGAUGGAGCUGAAUUUUGGUUUGUGCCAGAUAAAAACCUGAGCUACCAAGAAGCUGCUCUCUACUGUGCAAACAAUGAUAGUGACUUAGCAUCUGUGGACUCUUAUACAAAACUAAGGGCACUCCUAACCAAAAUAGAAAAGUUGUCAGGUGCAGAGCAGAAGUGGUGGCUGAAAUACAUGGAUCGUGGAAGUAGCCAUCAUUCACCUUUACAGUUAUUUCCACGUUUCCAUGAUCGAUUCUGGAGGGAUUGUUGGUAUAUUUCUUCGAAGGGCUGGUAUAGAGACUAUCCAAUAAACUGCAAUCUGAAACUGCCCUUCAUAUGUGAAAAAUCUAAUGCAUCCUUACUGGAGAAACAUGAGCCAGAAUAUCACCCCCCUAAAGGAGGAUGCCCUAAAGAAUGGGUUUUGUUUCAGAACAAGUGUUUUCUAAAGAUAGAACACAGAUUUUUAACAUUUAAAGAAGCCAAUGAAGUAUGUGAAACUUUUGGAGGCACUCUUCCAUCAAUCUCAAGCCAAGCUGAACAAGAUUUUUUAACAUCCUUGCUUCCUGGUUUGGAAGAAAACAUUUGGAUUGGUUUGAAGUUUUUUUUCAGCACAAGGGAAAACAAAUGGGUAGAUGGCAGUAGACUGCUGUACAGUAACUUUCACCCAUUGCUGAGAGGAAGGCUAAGGAAGAUUCCACUUGAUAUGUUUGAUGAGGAGAUAAACAACCAGUGUGGUGUAAUGCUCAACAACCCCAAAUCUUCAUAUGUUGGAACAUGGAAUUUCUUGCCUUGUGCUGAGGAGCAUUUUUUGGGUAUCUGCCAGAAGCCAGCAGGGGCUGCUGACAACCAGACACAGCAAGUCCUUAAUGAAACACUGACCUAUCAAAAUGUCCAUUACACAGUAAUUCUGAAGAAUUUGUCCUGGUAUGAUGCACUGCGGGAGUGCAAACAGAAAAACAUGCAGCUCGUUAGCAUCACAGAUCAGUACCAACAGGCUUUUCUUACUGUGCAGGCUGCUAUUCACAAUUACCCUCUCUGGAUUGGACUCUUCAGCAAAGAUGAUGGAAAACAUUAUGGCUGGGCAGAUGGAAAGCGCAUUGAUUUUAGUCGCUGGUCUGAAGAAGACGAAGAAACAAGUGAAGAAUGUGUGUUUUUGGAUAUUGAUGGAUUCUGGAAAACUUCUGCAUGUUCCUCUGAAAAUCCAGGUGCUAUUUGCUACUUGCCAAGAAAUGAGACUGAAAAAGAACAAGUUGUUGAACAUAUUAAAUGUCCUCAUAAGUUUAAAAAUACACCAUGGAUAUCAUUUCAAAAUAGUUGUUACACUUUCAUGAUAACAAAAGAUAGAUGGCAAGAAAUGAAAUCACAAGAAGCCCACCACUUAUGCAAGAAAAUAAAUCCAGAUGCAUUUGUCUUGAAUAUUAGAGAUGAGGAAGAAAAUAACUUUGUUGUUGAGCAGCUACAUUCUUUCAGUGGCCUAGCUACAUGGGUAUGGUUGGGUGUAAUUUAUGAUGACAGCGAUAAUUCCCUAAAAUGGUAUGAUGAAACUUAUGUGUCUUACAAUAACUGGAAACAGGGAAGACCUAACGUAAAGAAGAAUCAGUUUUUUGCUGGAGUGAACCGUGAUGGGUCUUGGGAUAUUUACAACCGUACGCAAAGUUGGCAAGCUCUUCAAUUUAAUCAACACAGUAUUCUUGCUUGUAAAAUUGAAAUGGGGCCCAGAGAGAACAAGCCUCCAUUGCCUGAGUAUAUACUACAUGGAAAUAGCACAUACAGGCUCCUUCAGAAAAAAAUAACCUGGUAUGAAGCAUUAAGAGAAUGCAAACAGAAUGGAAGUGAUUUAGUCAGCAUACACAGUGAAUCCCAUCAGGUGUUUUUGGAAGAUAUUGUAAAGCGUGAUGGAUAUCCACUGUGGCUUGGGCUAUCAAGCCUUGAUGGAAGUGAAUCUAAUUUAGAAUGGUCUGAUGGAAGUGAAUUUGACUACCGUCCCUGGGAACUAGAAAACUCUACAUCUAUUGGGAACUGCGUUUUUCUGGAUACUAAAGGAUUUUGGAAACGUGAAAGGUGCACAGAUGUUGUUGAUGGUGCCAUUUGCUAUACUUCUUCAGACAAGAGACGACUACAGCCACAGCAAACCAAAGGCUCCUCCAGGUGUCCACAGGGUACUAGAACAUCGCAGUGGUUGCAGUAUAAAGAUCAUUGCUAUGCAUUUGACAUGGCAUUAUACAAUUUUUCAGUAUAUACUGCAGAAGAGGCUAAAAGAGUCUGCCAGAAGCUGGAUCCCUCUGCAACACUAUUGACUAUAAAGGAUGCCGAAGAGAAUACAUUUGUCAGCAACCACAUAAGGCAAAAUGACCUCAUCACCAGAAGAGUGUGGCUUGGAUUGUCUCAGAACUUCAGGGCUAAGUCCUUGAACUGGCUUGAUGGUUCAGCAGUUAAAUAUGCCAAUUGGGCAAACGGAACUUCAAAAGUCAAUGGUAAAUGCAGUGUUAUCCUGUCCACAAAUGGAACAUGGUCUGAAGUUGACUGCAGUCAUAGUAAAGGCAGAGUUGUUUGUAAAGCUCCUCUAGGCACUAAUCAUACUGGAGUGGCUAUAACAUUUGCUCUGUUAAUUAUCCUAGUCUUGGUUGCUGGAUUAAUUUGGUAUCUCUACAAAAAGAAACGGCUUCAGUGGGGUGGCUUCUUUGCAGUACGCUAUGAACGAGGGAUGAAUGAAGAUGAGACUGAUAGCAUGUUUACCAAAGAUGAUUACUGAGAAACUGUUCUUGCUAAUUGUUUUAUUACAAAUUCUACUGUGUGAAACUAUGGGGAAUGGGCUACUUGACACUUUAUUAGUUCCUUCUGAAAAACAAGU